AUGGGGAAGAAAACUGGGGAGAAAAGCAAUGAAGAAGGGACUAUUUUAUUACAAUCCAUUAAUGCGCAGGGAUCUGGAAGUUCCGUGAUUUCUGCGUCUUUUAACUUCAUCAACUCCAUAAUUGGAUCCGGAAUAAUAGGUUUGCCGUAUGCAUUGAACCAAGCUGGGCUCCCAUUUGGUCUUUUGCUGUUGAUAGUGGUUGGUUUUAUCACAGACUACACCAUUAUUCUGUUGAUCAAGGGAGGCAACCUGUCAGGGACAAACAGUUACCAGGCGCUGGUCCAGAGCACUUUUGGGUUCCCUGGGUUUUUAGUUCUCUCUGUGCUGCAGUUUCUCUAUCCUUUUAUAGCCAUGAUCAGUUACAACAUCACAACAGGAGACACACUCACCAAAGUAUUUCAGCGGAUACCAGGAGUGGGUCCUGGUCAUAUUCUCGCCGAGCGUCACUUUGUCAUCCUGGUGAUAACGCUCUUCUUCACUCUGCCUCUUUCACUUUAUCGAAACAUCGAGCGGCUGGGAAAGGUCUCAUUCUUGUCAAUGCUGUUGACUUUAACUGUGCUCAUCAUUGUCAUCAUUCGAUCAGCCACUUUGGGACCAGGAAAUGUAAUCCCUCCUACAGAAGACGCCUGGGCAUUUGCAAAGAUGAACGCCAUUCAGGCUGUUGGCGUCAUGUCCUUUGCGUUCAUAUGCCAUCACAACAGUUUCCUGAUCUUUGGGUCUCUGGAGGAGCCCACUCUGUCUCACUGGACCAGAGUCACUCAUGUGUCUGUGGGCUCUGCUCUCGUCAUCAGUGCUGCUUUUGCUGUGGCUGGAUACUCCACCUUCACUGGUUAUACUCAAGGAGACAUAUUUGAGAAUUACUGCAGAGAUGAUAAUCUGGCCACAUUUGGUCGCUUCUGUUUUGGCGUCAGCAUCAUCACCACUUUUCCUCUGGAGUGUUUUGUCACUCGUGAGGUGCUGUCCAAUGUGAUGUGCCACAGAGACUUGACCAGAGCCGAGCAUGGGGCCAUAACGUUUCUCAUUGUAGCCGUUUGCACUGCCAUCUCUGUAGCCUGGGAUUGUCUGGGAGUAGUUUUGGAGUUAAAUGGUGCUCUGAGCGCCAUCCCGCUGAUCUUCAUCCUCCCAUCGGCCUGUUACCUCAAACUCUCGCCCGGGCGCUGGUUCCACUCCCAGAACCUGGUGCCCACCGUUCUGAUCGGACUGGGUCUGUUCUUCAUGAUCACUGGACUCACCAUGACGGGGCUUUUCCCGCAGGAGUGUUCACAUGGAGUGGAGAUGUUUUACUGCACAGAUACUAAUGUCUCCAGCACUGUCGCUCCUUAG